AUGGUGAAUCUUGGAGACAAAUUCCCCGAUUUUGAAGUCGAUACAAGCAAAGGCAAAAUCAAAUUCUACGAAGCAAUCGAAGGAAAGUGAGUAUUACAUGUACAUCUUCAUAACAUAUUUAAAAAGUUUACUAGCUUAAACGAGCUUGUACGUGGGCAAUUAAAAUUCACGAUGCAAGAGGGCCAUGAGGUCAGCAAAACCUUAAGGUUUUUAUCAAGCUCUAUGAUUUACAGUAUCGAUGUAACGAUUAAGUUUAUUAAAGGCUAAUUUUAAAAUCGUGUACUCCACAGUACAGUUCAUCAGGGUAUAGCUAUAGUACAAGGAUAUUGCAGUGUACAUAUCAACUAUUUAAGCGUAUAUCACGUGGCAGACGUAAACCAUCUCUGGACACAACACUGGUGACAUACAUUUCAAAAAACGGAUAUUGUUAGUCCUGGAAAGAUAUAUUUGUUUAGAUAAGAUCACCCUAGGACACCUUGAAUACACUUGUGAGUUAGCGGUUACUAACGAGUUGAUAUGCAAUUACAUAUAAAUACGUAUAACGUUGAAAAUGGAGUGAUUAGGUAUGUUGCGAUUUUGAUAAUCUUGCUUCUUAGAACUGUGUAUAAUCAAGAAGUCAUUUGACAUAUACUUAUAUAGUGUUACAGUUGAAGGAUUGAAUGAAUCUGGAAGAAAUGAUACCAGUUUGGUUAGAAGCCACACCCAUAAGUGACCAUCCAUAACAAUAUGCAUGAGAUUUUCAACUGAAUGGAUUGUGUAUAUGGCAAGCAACAUAGGUUUCACACUAAACUUGUAUAUAAUUAUUAUAUAUAAGUUUAGUGCGAAACCUGUGUUGCUUGCCAUGUACACAAACCAUUCAGUUGAAAAUCUCAUACCUAAACAUUUCAAUGUGUUGUUCUAGAUAUGUACCCUGGGUGCCAGAGACUAUUCAUGCGGGGUUUCCUAUUUUAGUCUCAAACUCAUUAAUAAUUCAUUAAGAAAAUACAAAGGAAAUUAAUGUUUAAUGAGUGUUUGGAAAUUGGAUGAAACACUGCUUAGUAUUUGCAUCCUUAAUUUCUCCUUCAAAAAUGAUUUUGUUUGAGAAGAAAUAUCAAACAUUCGACACAGUGUUUCAUCACCAGAUGAAACACCUCGAAGUUCGUCAAAAAUACUCCGCUGCGCGUCGUAUUUUCAACUCUCUUCUCGGUGUUUCAUCUGGUGAUGAAACACUGCAUCUCAUGUUUGAUAUAUUACGUCAAGUCUUUGUAGUGACCUGGUCAAAAAGUCUCUGGACCAGAGUGCCUUCCCCUUGAUGGUGCUGAGCCAAUUUUAAAAUCCCUCUUAUAUGAAAACAUCCAAAGUCUGGAUGUUUUUAUUUGUUGAUUUACUACCAGGGGAUGUUGUAUAUAUUGAUCAAGUGCUGUAAUUGGGUGACAAUGUGUCUCCACUGCCAUCAAAUUGCCACAUGCCAGAAAAAAAAACUGAUGCCCAGGGUAUGUUCUAGGAAAACUGCAUGCUGAAGGUUUUUGGUUUUGAAACCAUGUAUGUUGUGUAACACUACAAGUUAUUGAUUGAUUGAUUUUUAAAUGUCAGUUGGGCAAUCCUCUUCUCUCACCCUGCUGACUAUACUCCAGUAUGCACCACUGAGUUGGGGCGUGUAGCAGAGCUGGCUCCAAAAUUUGAAAAGAGAGGUGUAAAACUCUUUGCCUUGUCAUGCGACGGUGUUGAAUCUCAUAAAGGUUGGAUUAAGGAUAUUGUGGACUACAGUAAAAGCGAGUCUGGGGAGAGUGAUUUUCCUUAUCCAAUCAUAGCUGAUGAAAAGCGAGAGCUGGCUGUCAAACUCGGCAUGAUUGAUCCUGAUGAAAAAGAUGCCCAAGGCUUGCCUCUGACUGCUCGUGCAGUAAGUUGGACAUAAUUUUUUCUGUGAGUUUGAUCUCGUAGCAUUAGAAAAGUUGUUUCUAAAUGAUUCCAUAUUCGUGCUGAUUUGAAUUUAAACACCAGAAUAGGGGAUGGGGUUUUUGACAAGGUGUAGUUCCAGAAAAUAUCCAUACCUGCCCUCUCCCCCCCACAGAGGGCAAUGAAAAUUCAGAGGGAAGGUGGGUUCCAAAAGGAGGCAGUUUUUGAGGAGGUGGGCAUUGGCCUCUCGAGGUCUUUUUUCCUAGGGCUCCAAGUAAUGAUUGGUGAGGUAUUAAAGACUAACAGCUGUUUGGUUGAACAUUAAGCUAUCAGUUAUUUUACUGUCAAUCGGUGUUUCAAAGCAAAAAUUAUUGUUUUCAUCAAUGAUCUUUCAUUUGUGGUCGGCUGAGUCCUUUUUUCAUGGUUUGCAUGAAAGUUUAUGUAACAUGAUUGUCAUCGGCUCAUUAAUAAACUUGGUUAUCUAUCUGUUGCUUUGUUACACAAUAUAUUGUGGUAUAAACUGCAAUGUGGUCAUGCUCUAAUAAGCUUUCUUCUAACAUGUUUUUAACUGAAAGGAAGUAAUUGAAGUUCACUGCUUUGAGAGAUGGCAUCAUGUUUGCCUAGUCCCUAUAUGGCGUCUUUCCAGGUCGUCUUGGUCAAUGCUUUUCAGUGACGUAUCCGAGACGAACGGCUGGGAGACGCCUAGACAAUCUCGGAGUGCGCAUGCGUGAGCAUUUUUGAAAAGUUCACAUGUUCAACUGAAAUAAUCUAUAAAUAACUUUGCAUGUUAAUAUCCUUUGCUUAAAGAUCGGCACUAUUGACAGUCUUGACACCAUUACAAAAAUAACUAACCUGGUUUCUGUUAUUGAAGAACGAAAAUAUUACUUUGAAUCGGAAAGAAUACUACUGUAUAACGUACAAGUAAUUUCUCUUUUAGUUCAUUUUCGAAUGAACCGUUAAAAUGAUAUUUCUUUAUUUAUAAAAAGAUUUGAAACAGUAGUUUGUUGACAUUCUACCAAAUUUAGAGACCAAAUUCAACAGCCUGUCCAAUUAGUUUGAUAAGCUUCCAAAUCCAAAAAUUAAAUUACAUAAAAAAAUAUUUUGAGGUGAAAUGAUAACGAGAAAUUUAUAGGAACAAGUGAAAAUAGAGACAUGAAAGAUAGCCUUUCAUAUCCAAGAAUAAAUAUAAACUUAUUUCUUUUAAGCUUACCUUUCGAUUCUUGAUCAAAUAGUAAUUUUUUUGUUACGCUGUUUUGCUUAGCCUACAAAUAGUUUUUGAGAUGAAAUAAAGCUCAAAUUUAGUUUAAUGAGAUAAAUGAAAAAGAAAGGCCAAAGGACUUUCAACAAUGAAAAUGUGCAUAGAAUAAAAAUGCUCGGUUUACCUCUCUAUCCUCUGUACUCUCCAUGGCUGCUGGACAUCUUUCAUCAGCUCGCCUGCUUUCAAAAGUUCCGCCCCAAGUGAGACAAAAUGUACCCAAAAUUGUACCCAAAUCCUAACUCUUUAACCCGCAAAUAGUUUAUCCCUGUCAUGUACACACAGUAAAGGCAAAUUAAAAGACUGGCUGCAUCCCUUUUCUACUGUUACAGUCAAACCAGGUCAAGCGUUCCCGUCGCUAGCAAACUAAUGAAUUCAUUAAUGGAAAAAUGAUCUUGUUUGUUGAUUCAAUAAUCCAUUCAUAAAAUGAAUAAUCCAACGGUCAAAUUGGACCUCGAUUCAAUAAUGAAAUGUUGAUUUGGUUUAUGAACAAAAUCUACCUUUUGUUUAUUGGGUUAUUCCAGAAAAAAUCCACACCCCCCCGACGGAUGGGGUCCUUUUUUACCCCCCCCUCUCACCUGGAUUUCCUGAAGCACAAGACCCCCCCUCCCAACUGGAUUUCCAAGGUGGAAGACCCCCCCUCCCGCCUGGAUUUCCGGGAAAAAAUAAAAGGCUUAAAUUUAAUUUAUUUUUAAUGGAAAAUACACGCAAACACGUCUAAAUGUUUUUGUUUUAAUUUCUAAAGCUUCAGCUUAUAUUAAACUACGAAUUCUAUCGCGUGGAACUGAAAACGAAAGGAGCAAAAAACAAAAAUGCGAACGACACCUGAACGAGUGUUUACAUAAUUUCUUAGCUUAUAAAAAUCACUCUUUGCACGCGGGCUCUGGGUACGAGUAGAAGUGUGUCAGGCGUUUGACGCUCUUCGUGACAACAACGUUGCGACGAGUUCCUUCAGGCCCGUUCUUUAGUAUCUUUUUCGCGUUUUCUGCUAUAAAAGGACCUGUAAAGCAACUUAGAUUAUCAUUUAUAUCAGGUGAGAAAUAUAUGAACAAAACAUUUUGACUAUUUUCAGGGUCUGAAAGCGCUUAAGUGUCAUCGAACUAAACGUUUGAUUUGUAUCAACUAUCGGUCGAAAUGACCCCUGCAGAAGACUUUUUUAAGGUCAACCCCCCCUCCCGCCUGGAUUUCCGGAGUCUUCGACCCCCCCUCCCGCGAGAAUUUCCAGAAUCCCAUCCGUCGGGGGGGUGUGGAUUUUUUCUGGAACAACCCAUUCUUGUCUGUUGUGUUCAAUCGUAUUUGCUUCCCUUUUCCUGCCGUUAACGAUUGCGUUUUUAAUUGCCUUUAAUCAAAAUAACAGCUUGAAUAGACAGACUGCAAACGCAAAAGAAACUGACAAAGGCCGAGGAUCGAGAUCCACCAAUCACCGCACAUACACUGACCUCAGUUUGACCAUCGUGUUUUCUAAGAGGUCAGGUCCGUUGCACUGAUUACUGGAAGCAAAAUGGCGUACAUGUAACAGUUUCUUUUGGUUUGAACUUCAGAACUCGCCAGCACUCGACUCUUAGAAAAAAGGAAGAAACAAAAUUCUGAGGUCGACUUGUGGAAAGUGAAGUUUUUCAAAAAACAGUAAUCGGAUCAACAUUUGAUUAUGGAAUCGAGGCUAAAUAUGAAUAUUGGAUUGUUGAUUUGGAUCUUGUUUACUGUGGGUAAUGUCGACUGAGAUAUCGGUCGACAUAGCGGUCGAUAUAGCGGGCGACAGUCGGUCGAUAUAGCGGUCGACAGUCGGUCAAUAGUCGGUCGAUGGUCGGUCGAUAGUCGGUCGAUAGUCGGUCGAUAGUGAGAUAGACUAUCGACCGAGUAUCGGUCGAUAUUUUGUCGACGCACCUCGACUUACUAUCGGUCAUUAAUGUCGGUGAUGUAUCGAUCAACUGUCGGUGAUAUAUCGGUCAACUGUUGGUGGUAUAUCAGUCAACUGUCGGUGGUAUAUCAGUGAACUGUCGGUGGUAUAUCGGUCAACUGUUGGUGGUAUAUCGGUCAACUGUCGUUCGAAUAUUAGUCGUGUGUUAAUUUAUCAGGUGAGUCCAAUGGCUUUUUUUUAAAGCAAAGACGUCAUUAGUUACUGUUAUCAUGCGAUGAGGGACAUGUGGCAGUGCAAGGCGCGAUUACGCUAUGAAGAGAACCGAAGAGCACUGGGAACUAAGGACAUGAUAACCUUUUUUUUCCAGUUUAUAUCAUCUCCGAUCGUCUGAGUUUUAGCUGUUAAACAGAACCUGUCUCAGCCUAAGUUAAAUCUGCUGCUCCUGUGGUCCCGCAACAAUGUAGGAAAAUGUAGGAAAUGCUAAGUGUCGACCGACCAUCGACCGAGUGUCGACCAAUUACUGACCGACACAUCGGUCAAGUAUCGACCAACUAUCGACCAAGUAUCGGCGAAGUGUCGGCGAAAUGUCGGGGAAAAGUCGGCGAAGUGUCGGUGAACGAAAAGCUAUAUCGGCCAAGACACAUCUGGAACGACUAUUGGCCGUGUCUCGACCGAGUGUCGACCCACUAUCGACCGACUAUCGACCGACUGUUGACCGAGUGUCGACCGACUAUCGACCGAGUGUCGACCGAGUAUCGACCGACUGUCGACCGAGUAUCGACCGACUGUCGACCGAGUGUCGACCGACUAUCGACCGAGUGUCGACCGCUAUAUCGACCGCUAUAUCGACCGAUAUCUCGGUCGACAUUACCCACAGUAAACAAGAUCCGUUGAUUUUAUAAAUGGAUUACUGAAUCAACAAACGAAAUCAUUUUUCCGUUAAUGAAUUUAUUAGUUCGUUAGCGACGGGAACGCUUGAUCUGGUUUGACUGUAAAAGUGUAAGCAUCUGGACAAACAACAAGAAGGUUGUUGGUUUGCCUCCUAUAUAUUGUGAGUAUUCAAAAAAUUCGAGUUAUUUUCCGAGGCCACUUGUGAUAAUGACUGAACAAAUAUCUUUCUCGUAUAAUUUACUCUGUUUCUGGCAUGAGAAGAAAUUAACUUAAAAUUCUUAAACCGGUCAUAUUAUGCCUCUCUUAACUGCAUGAGUAUCAGUUAUAAAUAAGGUCCCCAAUAUAGUGUUAUUUAACACUUUCUUGCCUAUUAUUAAAAUAAUAACCAAAAAUAACCCCAAAAAAUUCAAAUUCUUUUUCAUUUUUUCCUGAGAAAGUAAAAAGUAUUAUGCAAAAGUUCUGCCAAAAAGGUUUCACUAAUGGCAAUACCACAGGGUCUCAUCAUCCAGAGAUUUUUAGAAUCGUAGCUGGAAAAUUCCUGAUGCCAAACUGUUGAUUCUAUGAACAAUGUUGACUUAUCUUAUGUGCCUUGAAGUGUACAGAAUUUUCAAAUAGAUUUUAGAAAAUAAGAACUUGUUUUGAAUUUAAGGCUGAACAAGUACUUGUAUAUAGAGGGGACUGAACUGGCAAAUUUUAUUCUCAGUAGUAGGUUCUUAAAAACCAGGUUCUUAGUCGCAGGUUUUUACUACUUAAGAAAUGGUAAACGUGCAGCGUGCAACCAUGGAGUUAUGGAUGCACGCGGGAGGUUGCUAAGCAUGAAAGAAGCGUAAGAGUCGCACGAGGCGAUAGCCGAGUGCGACUCUAGCUUCUUGAGUGCUUAGCAAACCUCCCAAGUGCAUCCAUAACUCCAUGGUUGCACAGCUGCAACGUUUACCAUUUCUUUUAUAACAUAAUCAAAAGAGAAAAACAUUAUUUUCCAUUUGCCUUCGGUUGAGUCCGGUCGGUACGAGUUCAAGUAUGCUGCCACCUGCCCGCGCGUAAACAAAUCUUGUUCUAUGUUUUUCAAAAACUUGCCUUUGAGUUUUUCUUUCGCUGAAUCAACCGUUCUCUGUCUUCAGGUAAAUUGCAAAACGUUUUUCGUUGUUAUUCUGAAUGGCAUCUGUCUACUUGCUCUUAAUGUUAGGGUGAAAACUUUGAGGGAAAACUAUAGCUGCAACUAUAAACACCAACUAAAAAGACUCUAAAAAACAAGCUAAAAUUAAAUAAAUGAAAUAAUUAUCAAGCUUAUUUUAUGUGACAAUGUUUGAAAUAUACGUAAAGUAGAAAUGAGAAAAUUUGAAGGUAAUUGCUUUAGAAUAACAGGUAACACUAAUUUUAAAAAGAAAUUAACUAGCUUUGUAUCGAAAUCUGCCUGGGGAAAUCCAGCUAUGAAAGUCAAAGUUAAAACUGAAAUUCGCAGACACACAGCCGGCGCUGAAGCUGUUGUUUUUCGACCGAUCUCUGAACGACUGUUAUGAAUGAACACUGAGGAACAAAAUAAUACACACAGAAGUCAUUUUUUUAAAAAUUUAUUUGAAAACCCAAAUGUUUCUGUACUCAAAUGAAAUUCGCUUAUUCCAGCGUAAUGUGCCCGUUUAAACUCAACUAAAACUUUUAAUAGAUGCGAUGAAACUUCACAACAAAGCUGUCUCGAAUUUGAGCGUGUUUCCUGAAAUAUUUGCUUGGAUUUAGCAUCAGCUUGACCAAAAAGUCAAUAAAACAAUGCUAAUUGAUGAAUUUACAUUUCAAAGAGACUUUCUCUUCUAUAAAAAACAUACAAAAUGUACCUUCAAUCUUCGCUGGCUCGAUUUUCCUUUGAACAGCCGAUUCUAGCCGCGAGGAAAACAGUGAUUAAUUCAUCCAGGGCAAAUUUGUCGCUUGAUCUUUUGUCUUUUUUCCUUCAAAACGACAGCUUAGUGUUUUCUUCAACUUCCACUUUUCAUCUGUGCAUUUUAUCGGUGUAUUUUACGGUCAGGAGAGGAGAUUUGUUGAACUUGCCUGAAUUUUACCGCGCUAGCUCAUUUUCGUGGCGUGCACCCACGGGCAAAUGGUAGUGGCUAACUGACCAAUCAGAGCGCGCAAUUUACUUUUGUUAUGUUAUAAACAAAAAUGUUCUUGUAGAAUUAAAAUGAUUAAUAAUUAAAUUUCCUGGCUAUAGUGGGGUUAGAGUCUGUUGUUCUUGUACACAAAUAGCAGGGUGUCAAGCGAGUCCUAUAUUCCUAUAAAAUCCUAUAAUAUUAAAAAAUAUAAAAUCCACCUUUUUCAGACCUCUCCUAUAAAAGAGGAAAUUCCUAUAUUUUAAGCCUUUUUCAUGAGAAAUUCAAGAAAUAUUUGAAAAUUUAAAUAAAAAUGUUUUAUUGGUAGUUAAAAAAGCACAAUUUGAAGAAACUUUGAUGUCGCAAAGGAUGUGUUUGCUUUACCUCAAAAUGCAAAAAAUGUUUUUCAAAUUUGUGCCCAGUCUAGAUCUUCCUAUUAACUUUUGGUGGUGUACUGCAGUAGAUUGUGGGUUGACUGUGUGGGUCCAUCUUUCACAUGAUAGAUAUCUAGAAUGUGAUAGAGUUGGCAUAUAUAAGCGCAGCAGAAGUUACUGUGCAUGUAAUGAUAGAAUCCGCUACAGGGCUAUCACAGAAGCUUAAUUCAGAGUUAUCUUGAGCUGAUAGAGAAGCAGAAAGGUGUCGAGUGUCAGAAACAGAAGCUAAUUGAAAAAAGCUUAGGAGAAGUUCCACUUCCUACGAAAAUGCCAAGCUUGAUUGCCUCGCUACCAAAGCAGGCAAUAAAAAAGAAGUAGAAGAAAUCCAACGUUUAACCUAACAGCAGUACAUUGGUGAUGGAGUUAACCAUGAAGGCUGUAAUUUAUGGAUGCUUUACCUGAUCUGAAAGAAUAUGAGUGGUGACUUUUGUUCACUUUGGUUUUUAUUUUGACUAGUGUCUGUAAUUCUAAGUGUUAGUCAGUAUUUCCAUUUCUGUAUUCACAGAAAUGUCAGUACUGAGUUUUGGACUUAAACGUGUUGAUAUUGUCAACCAUUGUUGAUUUGAGAAGAAUUUAAGAUUGCUAUUUAAUUUUAUUAAUAUUGCAUGCCGAGGAGUUCAGUGUAACUGAGAUGAUGUUAUGAUCCCAGAAAAAAACAGCACUAUUUUGACUUUCUGAAGUAAAUUAUAAACUUACUAUAAAUUGAAAGGUAUCUUUGAAACCGAAAAAGAUAAGUAUAUCUAGAGAGUCUAAAUACAAUAAAGAAUCUUGCAUUGGGCCUGUAAGUUACUACUGGAUUAGUCCUAAUUAGUUUUGCAGUUUUGGUGGGUUUUGUCCUAUAUUUUUUGGGUUGCUCUGUCCUAUAUUCCGAUAUAUUUUUGGACCCCUAAAGCGCUUGACACCCUGCAGCUAGCCUGUUCCAAGCAUUCAGAUAGUGGAGAGCGGUGCGAAGUAAUGAAAGCGAUGAAAUUGGGACUGCAUGGGGAGAGAGGUGCGGGAAUACUUGUACAAAAGUGUGCUCCGGUAUACCAGAUCCUGGUAUACCCUCUGAUUGGUUGAUUUUGACAGUUUUUGUCAACAGUGGAGCAUCUUCGAUCACAGCGAGAAAUGCGAUAUAGCGGUGAUGACAGACUUUGCGUGCCGUCCAGAAUUCGAACUCGCAACUAUAAUAACACAGCGCUGAGUGACUUUCCAAACGUGGAGGCUAAACGCGAAGAGCAAAGGAACUGUUUCAAACAUGUAGUCGGCAGGAUAGAUGUCUUCGCAAUUUCACCUACUGGCUUUGGAAAAAGACUUAUUUUCCAGCUUUUUCCUCAAAUAAAGCGUGCAUUGGAAUGAAGGCAGGAUAGAAUGCCAUUUACGAUUGUUGUGGUAACUCCGUUGAUUGCCAUCAUGAAAGACCAAGUGGAACAUUUGAACAAAAUCAGAGUAGCGGCGGCAAUGAUGGGAGAAGAUGUGGAUGAAGCUGUUAAAAGUGGAAGCUGUGAAAUUGUAUGAUCGUUAAAAAUUCACUCAAAGGCGUACUGCAGUCACAAAUCGUGGUUGUCUAAGGAAUGGAUAAAAGGACUUCAAAAGGAAAGCUUGGAAAGCAAGUUGCAGCUAUCGCUAUUGACGAGGUCCACUCAAUCACCAAAUAGUAAAUUUUCCCUUCGUUUGUUGGGCAUUUUUAUUGCUCGAGUUAACGAUCUGUAUUGAAACGGCUUUCUAUCGAAAUGAGCGAUAUUUGUUUGUCACUUGAUUCAUAAUUUUUUUGUCACGUACCGGUACAUGCUGAAAUCAUGUUUUAAAGCCGUAAAUAAAUUACUUGUCCCGCUCUCUAUUGUCUGAAAGUCUUACAUUAGGUUUUUAGUAAGAUUAUGUAUACAUAAUAUUAAUUUUUGAUCCGAGAAAUUUUGAUUUAUUCGUUAGAAAAAUAAUAAAUGUAUGGGGCUGUAACAUCAGUCUUGAUUGACAAGUGAAGACCACCUACAGCUGAUGAGGUCUGAGUGGGCGGAUGUCAGUCUAUUUAAAACAAAUCAAACAGGCGUUCCCUCUCUCACCUCUCCCCCUCCCUCGCUUUUAUUUUUUCACGCUCCUUUUACUUCGCACCACUCCCCACUAUCUGAAUGCCUGGAACAGGCUACCCUGCAGCAGGCAAGGAGUUAAUUUAUAGGGUGUUAUUUAAGGUUUAUUCAAUAUACAGAAAUCAAUAUAAAAUUUUAAAAUUAUCCCUCAAAAUACUGUAGGUGUUUAUCAUUGGACCAGAGAAGACGCUGAAGUUGUCUUUGCUUUAUCCAGCCACCACUGGUCGUAAUUUUGAGUGAGUUGAAUCUUUAUGCAUGUUAAACAGUUUUAAUGAACCAUAGCUGUAGGAUAGUUAGUGUUUUUAAUAAAAGUCUUCCUCUGUCAAUGGCAUCUGAGAGAAAUUGUAAGAAACAAGAAGCCAUUUGUCUGCCAAUAUGCUAAUGCAACACAGCACUUAAUUCACAAGCUGUCAACCAUCACAUACGUACAAUGUUUACAGGUGGCCCUAAUGACACCUGAAGAAGGAUUAUGAGGUUAUCCUAUAUUAAGAUCUCUCUCUUACAGAUAACCUACCCAGCCCAGGAAAGGUUGGCCACAUCGGCCACCGGGAUCUAUACAAUAUCCCCUACUCUUUUUGAACAGUGGUGUGGGUUCUUUUACAUCCCACAAGAACCAGAUAAGUGAAAGUGUUGUGAGCAAGACCUACAGCUGUAUAGUUUUUCAUCCUUAUCUGAGAAGACUAGAAAUUGCAGAUGUCAUUGCAAAGGCAGCAAUUUUUUCUCAGUUAUUUAUAGCGAAAUUCGUUGUAUCGCACUGUGUGUUUUGCAAACUUCAAAGGAAUUUUGUUUUUUUCUGUUCCGUCAAUCAUCUUUGGCAGACCUCUUAGGAAACACAUGUUUACCCGCACGAGUUCAAAAGGUCAUGGUUUGUGGUUCGUGAUUGGUGAAUUUCGAUUCGUUUUGUUUGUUUCACGUUUCAAGGUUCGUUGCUUUGUGAUCGUCCUGUUUCGGGCAAUAUACAACUAGUUAAAUUUGCUAUGCAUUUUUUUCUGAUCUUUGUUAUUCUUGUCACUCGUAAGAAUAAAGCAAUGUCUGCCUCCUUCAUUCGUCAAAAAAUCCACUCACCAUUGAGAUUUCCUGUGCUAUUCUUGGCAGUCUAGAGUCAUUCUGAGCCAAGCUGGGUGAGCAUGUUACAUUGUGAUUUUCAUUAACCCCGCCUUCACUAAAAUGAUUGACAGAACAGAAAAGCCUAAAAUCCCCUCGCAGCGUGAUACAACAAAUUUCGUUGUAAAGACCAUGAGUGUUGGUUUCAGUGGGGGCUUGAACCUGCGACCUCCUGCUCAGCAGACCAGCGUUCUCCCAUCUAAGCAAACCAGGCUGCUUAUAAUAGUUUAAAAUGGACAAAGGAGAAAGAGAACAACCUUCCUAAACCUAGUAUACACUGCUUUUAAAGAAACACAUUUUUUAAAACUUUAUGGCAAGAAAUCAAAACUGAAACAUGUGACAAGUGUCCUGAGUGUGAAAACUGAUACCCUACCUUGUGGCAUGAGAGAGCUAUAUUUCUUGCCUCUUUUGAAGAAGAAUAGUGUUCUUUACCAAUGUUAGUCAAAUUUAGUGAUUAUUUAAUUUUAACUUUGUUCAAUUUACAGUGAAAUUUUGCGUGUGGUAGAUUCUCUCCAGUUGACUGCUAAUAAGAAAGUGGCCACUCCUGCAGACUGGAAGGUUAGUGCUAUAGUUCAGAUUACCAUACUUAAUUGAAGAAAAUGCACGUCUUAAUACCACUAAACUGUCAUGGGGCUCUUGUGCUUGCUGUGCGCGUGCAGCCAAGCACCAGGGGUAAUAAAAUUUGGUUAUCUAUGCAUCCUAGAAAGUUUGGUUGUGAGAAAAUCACCUGUACAUACGUCCAUUCACAUGUAUAUUCAUCAACACCUUCACCCCAUCCACCUUGUCUUUAAAGGGGCCGUGUCACACUAUUUACUAUUUUUCUAAAACGUGUCUUUGCAUCAACUGAAGUCCAAAAAUAAUGGUCCAGUUUAAAUUUUGUUAUUUAAGUUAUUUUUAGUUGUCAACACUCUUUUCCCAUUGUCUGUUGCUACAAAUGGCAUUUGGUUCGAAACUCGAAAAAACUUGGCCAAUUAUUUUCAAGUUUUAUGCUGUGCCUGAAAAAUUCCCAAAAUUACUAUUGUUGUUCGUGCUCCUUGAUGAAACUUGUUUGGUAUCUUCUUCAUAAUUACAGGAGCAUUUUUUUGUAUAAGUAUAGACACUGAGCAAUGACUUAAGCACAGAAUUGACUGAAAACAGCAAUCCCCUUGUGUUGCCUGAAUAGUAUUUCUAUUACUAAGUAGUCUUGAAAAGUGAUAAACUGAUCAUUGACCUUAACAAAUUAGCAACACAUGUCAUAAUGUGCCAUCUUUGAGAAAAAUUAAGGAUCGAAUCUGCCACUUGUCUAGCAUAUAGUUAUACUGUGUAUUAAAUUUUUUAGGCUGGUGGAGACUGCAUGGUGCUUCCUACAGUGAAACAAGAAGAUGUCCCCAAACUGUUCCCUAAGGGCGUGACAGUCAAGGAAAUGCCGUCUGGCAAAUCUUACAUGCGUUUUACUCCUCAGCCAGAGUGAUUACAACAGAAACAACAAAUAGCAUUUUGGAUUCUGUUUGUAGCGCAAAGCAGUGCAAAUACUACUAGAAUUAUACACGUGUCAAAUUCAUAGACUUUUGUAGUUUAUUACUCAUUUAAAUAUUUCCUUUUUUCUAAUUGGCUUCAACUGCCCCGGGGGACAGGGACUCUAACGAGCUAGCACUGAACAGAUGUAGAACAUUCACCUCAUUUGUCCACCAUUUCUUAUUAUUGGACAAUAAUAUUGACGUCAGUCAUGCAGAAGGAAAAGUUAUUGAAUGAUUGACAUCAUGCAGUGUUCACGCAUCUGAGCUCAUUUCCCGAACAGCAACUGGUAAUCGAGCUCAUAUGCUAUUUACUCCUGUAAUUGACUGUGAAACCGUCUUUUACUCUCUAGUCGCUAGUUGCCAACAGAUUGAAAGUGUUAAACUGAAUGCACAAUGCAAUGCACUAAAAGCUGAAUUAAAUCUUUGUCUUUGCAUACGGUGUGUUUCCCCUCGGUCUGUAUACAACCUUCGGACUUUGUAACGAACGGACUGACAAAGGAUCGGUCUAGGGCAGAAAGGAGCAGGGGCACCCAACGAGAAUAUAGUUCAAAACCUCUUAAACGUAGCAUUGUUAAACGUAUUUUAGUAUUUAAACGGUAGAUAUUGGCAUAUUUUUAUCCCCU